CAGUCCAAUCAAUCAUUGCUUGUCAUGUCAAAAAUGUGAAACAUCAAAACAACUCUUGGCAAAAAUUCAAAAUUACAGUGCAAGAAAUGAACAGAUCCAAAAAAUAUACAGACAAAGCAAAAAACAUCCUAAAGAAACAAUGCAAGAAGAAAACCAAUAAGCUAGUUUACACAGAUUACCCAAAAGUACCUCGAGGACAUUGUCAGCCAGUAUAUGUACCUAGAAUCUACAAACCAUGCGGCACCAGGAUACGCUACUGCACCGCCAAGGAGCUGAAGCUGAUGACCGGACGGCGCAUGUGCGAGUGCCCACGUCGAAGUAAAGCCUUCGAGAUCGGCCGGUUCCUCAUCAACACCCUCCGGAACAUCGUCAAGGCUAGCACUAUCGCCGGAGUUGCUUACGUCACCUACGACAUGGGGUGGUGGGGAGUGCCCAAGGACACGCAGGACACGUUUGCCGGUCUGUGCGAGGCGAUGCCCUGCAGGAUAGACCCCUGCAAGUGUUACGACUACAAGGCGUCGACUAGGGAGUGCGAAGAGGCUAUGGACCUCAUGCAGAUCAACCCAGUCGACCCUUGCGCAUGCGAUAACCCCAUCCCAGUCGACAUGGAAAGAUGCUGCUACAAGAUGAAGCAAGUAUGGAACCACACAGUCAUCUUCGUGUUCGAGGGCAUCGCCAACGCUCCAGACAACAUGAUCAACUUUGUGGUGCGCAAGUGGAAGGAGUUCAUGCACAUGGAGUGCGACCCCUGUCGCCCGAUGAGGUUGGAGGAUUCGGAGUGGCCGGCCACAGAGUGCGAUUUGAAGGACGACUACGACGAGAGGUACGCAGGGGAGAUGGAGGACUACUGCCAGGAGACCCUGGACGAGCUCAAGGCGUACCUAGCGCCGGAGGAGGAGACUCCGGAUCCACCACCCUGUGGUUAUUGAGUCCUUUCGUUCGUUGUUCUCGAGUUACUGAUGGAAGUUAAUAAAAGUUUAAAUAGUGA